AUGAUCAGUAGCGGAGGUAAUAUUGGAGACAAUUUAACCCUUAGUACUGUAACAUCAACAUCAACAUCAACAUCAACAUCAACAACUGAAGAUACUAAAAAAAAUCAUCAACUAAACAACAACAACAAUACAAUCAUUGAAACCUCACCUUCAAGUUCAUCUACAACUUUGAUUUCAUCACCUUCUUUAUCAUCAUCAUCAUCAAGUAGUAGCAGUAGUAACAGUAAUAGUACAGUUAAUCAUCAACAACCAUCAAAUAAUACUAACAGUAAUAAACAUCACAAUAAUCAUCAACAAUCUACUUCUUUAAACAUGUCAAGUUCAAAAACAGCAACAUCGCCACCCCCAACAGUGACAACACCAAAUGACGGCCAAUCGACCAGCAACUCUUCAUCACCACCACAUCUUUCAAAUAGUACCAAUAGCAAUAAUAAUAAUAAUAAUAAUAAUGCAACUACCAAUUUGGCAUCACCAUCGUCUUCGGUACCACUUGUUUGUACUACAUGUCAUCAAAAGAUUGUUCAAGAUGUAAGAGAGCUGUCGGAACGUGUCAUACCAGGGUUCCACGACAACAAGUACUCUUUUACUUGUAAGAAUUGCUCUUCCUCUAAAACACCUAUGCUCUUUCAUCUUGGCAAGUCUUGGAAAUGUGUCAUUCAUACUGCAUUGUACAACUUGGAAAGGUUAACUGGUAAUCGUUUCUUUCAUCAUACUGAAGUCACUUCCUAUGUUGUCAAAUAUCCAAAUGUUUUCCUUCAUGAUAAAUCUUUAGCUGAUAUAUCAAAAGCUGUAUCAAUGGCAUUUUUUAAUAACAAAGGGUAUUUUGUUUCUGGAGGACCAUACACUGGAAAAUGGGCUAAUCCAAGACCGAGCGAAGUCGAGAGUUUGGACAAUGAAAACAUCGAUUCUCCAUUGGGAGAAGGUAACAUUAACGCCAUUGAAACGAUCAGUAGUGGCGGUGAGCAAGAUCGUGAAACACUACGUGAACGUGCAAUGCAUCGUGAUACUAUUUCCUCUACAACAAACUCUAACAACAAUAAUAAUAAUAAUAUUGGUCACAACAACAAUGAUAAAGACCAUAGAAUGAUGAGUAGAAGUAAUAGUCGUGGUCGUAGUGGUAGCCGUGGAAAGAAUAACCAUAGUAGUAGCCACAGUCGUAGCCGAUCAAGAAGUCGUAGUCGCAGUGACAGUCGGUCUGGUUCGGACAGUGACUCGGGAGGUGGCGGUCGAUACCGUCGCGAGUACAUCUCGAGUUCGUCACGUUCUUCCUCUCGAUCUCCAUCAGACACGGAAUCCGAAGGAGAAGAGACACCUGCCGACAAGACCGCAACUAUCACCUGCAACCAAUGUAAAAACGACAUUGUUCUCGAGUUUAGUCUCAAUCGAGUACUUCCCGGUCCAUUUGACAAAAACUAUGAAUACUCUUGUAAAUAUUGUCAAAAUGGUCCCGGUAUUUUAAAACAUCAUCCUAAAUCUUGGACAAAGAUUAUACAUACAACAUUACAUAAUCUAGAGAUGGAAAAGGGAGUUAGAUAUCAUGCUAGAAAGGAUAUAUUCCAGUAUAUUGCAUCACAUCAAAAGGACUUGGUGUCUGAUCCAAAGCAAGAUGUGAGUUUACCAAUCAUCAAUUAUAUCUUGUCGUCGGGCAGAAGUCUGUUUGUCAACUCGGUCAUGAACAACCGAUUGUGGUGUAAUAGAAAGAAACGUGAUCGUGUAGAGUUUGAUAGCAGAGGUAUCUUGGUACUUAGCAAAGAGGUGGCCAAGAAACGUUUGAAUCCUGGUGCUGCAGUUGUCAAUACUGAUACUGAUGGUGAUGAAGGUCUUCCACCUGUUAUUCAAUCAUCGUCGUCAUCCUCAUCAUCACAUACACAUCAUCAACAACAACAACAACAUCAUCAACAACACUCCUCAUCCUCUCAGAGUCAACCAUCAUCAUCAUCAUCAUCACAUCAUCAUCAUCAUGGUAGUGGAAGUCAACACCAAUCAUCUCAACAACAAUCUCAUCAAUCUUCUUCGUCGUCAUCAACUCAACAAGCAUAUCAUCAUAGUCAACAACAACCACAACAUUCAAAUCAAACUUCUACAGCCAAAUAUACUCCAUUGCAAUGUAGUCUUUGUAAAGUUCAAUAUCCAAAUGCUGCAUCUGAAUUAUUAGAAGGUAAACCAAAGAUGAUUAUUCCAAGUCAUAUUGAUUUUAGAUAUAUUUAUCAAUGUUCAAAGUGUAAUGAGAAAAAGGCUUCGACCCUUUCACAUUUACCAAAAUCAUGGAAGGUCAUUGUUCAUACCACUCUUUAUAAUUUGGAAUUAACAAGUGGUCAAAAGUUUUCUUCAAACAAAGCUCUUUAUUCUUUUAUCUCUGAAAAUGCAAAUACCCUUUUAUUAGGUGGUAAAACAAUUGAUUAUUUGAACAAGAACCUUAGUGGAGUUUUAUCAUCGUAUAAAAAUCUAUUUUGUUCAUCUGGUAGAAAUAUGUGGGGUAAUGUUGGACAAGAUGACAAAAAAGGAUCACACCAUGUUUCAUUGAGUGGUGGUGGCGGUGGAGGAGGAGGUAUUGCCUCUUUGUCUUCAACUUCUUCCAAUUCAUCAGCUUUGGUUCCAUCCAAUUCAAACUCUAAUAUGUUUAUUGAUGAUGACGACAGAAAUAUCAUUUCAGAUGAUGAAGCAAAGAUUACAAAGAAAAUGAAGUUAACAAUCAAUCAACCAAUAUUAAAUACUUCCAACAACAAUAGUAGCAGUAGUAGUAUCGGUAGUACUAGCACUACCAACAGUAAUACCAAUAGUAAUGUUGGAUCAAGUAAAGAUUUGGUAUUUAAAGAUAUGAGUAUGGGUAUAAUUAAUAAUAGGGAUAAUAACAACAACACUAAUAGUAAUAAUAAUAAUAAUAAUAAUAGUAAUAGCAACAACAAUAGUAGCAGUAAUAACAAUAGAGGAGGGGAAAAUAAUAAUAGUAAUUUUGUAAAUAAUAAUAAUCUUGAAUUUGAAGAUAUGUGUAUGGAUAUGUCAACACCUUCAACAAAGGAUAAUAGUGGUAACAAACGUAAAUAUAAUAGUGAGAGUACUACUCCACCAUUAUUUAAUCAACAAUCAUCACAAAACAACAACAAUAAUAAUAAUAAUAAUAAUAAUAAUAAUAAUAAUAGUAGAAAUGGUAAUAUAUCAAUUAAAUAUAAACCAAAACCAACAUCUUCAUCAUCAUCAUCAUCGUCAACAACAUCUUCAUCAACCACCACAUCAACCACACCAUAUGUACCAAGAACCAAUAUCAACUUGACACCAAAUCAAACAUCAACCACAACAACAACAACAUUAUCAUCACGUCAACAACAAUCAUUUGAUGAAGAAACUGCUGAUGAAGGAACUGUAGAGAUUAAUAUCCACGAUGAAAGAGUUCAACAAUUGGUUGGAUUCUUGGAGGUCAAUGUUGAUGUCGACCUCAAGUGGUUGCGCAAGGAGAUUGAGGAUUUAGAAACACCUGAACUUCGCGGACUCGAGUUUAGAUUCCUUCACCGAAAGUCUCCGAUUGCACUCAAGCAAGAGAGUCAGUUUACGAUUCGUGACUGUCUCUUUUCAGUGCAGUCAAUGAUCACUGUUGGCAUCCGAUCGACCAUCCCACCAACGCCCAGUCCUCUUCCAAUGCACAAUGGCUCUGAUGUCAUCUCGUCGCUUGGUGCCAAUCCUCUCUAUGUCUUCUUUUCACAACUGCUCUCUAACCAUCACUCCAACACCUCUACUCCCUCUCAAUCAUCACCAUCAUUGUUGCAACUUGAAAAAGCUUCCAUCUCUUCCAUUUCAUCUCCUCCUCCCAAAGAGAAUCAAAGUAAAUUGGUCCAGCAACCAGCAACCAGUGUCAAUAACGGUGGUAACACUAGUACCAUUACAGAUGUUGAUAUGAUUGAAACAACACCAAAGAAAAUGAUUGUUCAAGUAGACGAUGAAAAGGAGAGAGAACAAGAAGAAGAACAAGUUCAUCAUCAUCAUCAUCACGAACAACAAAACAAAAUGAUUGAUAGUAUUAUCAAUUCCAAUUCCACCUCAACAUCACAACAACAAACACCAUCAACCACUCAACCACCCACUUCAUCAACAGACUUACCAUCCAAAUUGAAUAUUUCUUCAAAUGCUCCAACAACUAUCAUGUCAUCCUAA